CACAGCGUCAGGUUUUGCCUGUUUUCAAGGCCCUUGGCUGCCCGCCAAAGAGCUCCCGCUGCAAAAGCUUCAAUUGCGGACGCUAUUGAAGAUGCGGCGCGCAAGAUCCGGCACAUCCAGGACGCAACUCGCCCGCAGGAGGCGCCGCACGAUCCGCGCGCCCCUUUGGCAUCAACAGAAGGAGGGAUCUUUGGGUAGUCUUCCGUCAGCUGAGGGCGCCUCCUCAGAUGUCGGCAAUGAUGCAGAAGGCGCAUCUCGGCACAGCCCUCACGCAUUCUUCGUCUGGAUGGCGGCUAUGUGGAGUCCGAGCCUCAUAGAUGCCCUCCCUGCCGCAGCCGCACAUGGGCCGGCGCAACAGCGUUCUCUCCCUCAGCAGCAGCAGCAGCAGCAGGCGUCUAAAGGCGAAAGAAGCGUGUUCAGGCCUGUUGUCUCAGCAGCCGUCGUCAGCUGCCCCCUGAAGUGUGCUGGAGGAGGUGUCGGAGCUGGUGCAGCAGCACUACUGGGACACGUCGCCCAACGGCGCAGCAGAGGAGUGGGAGGGCAUCGUGCAGAAGUACCGCAGCAAGGCGCGUGACAUGGACAACCGGCGGAGCGGCUCAGAGGACUACCGCUAUUACACGGCGCUGCAGGAGAUUGUCGACGAGCUCGACGACCGGUACUCCCGCGUGCCAGCCCCGCCGGCCGCCGCGGAGGUGCUGAGGGCGUACGAUGUGUUGGGGGUCGGCAUACACUUCAAGAGCGAAAUGGACGGCCGGCGGCACCAGGCAAAUCAAGGCGGUUCCGCGAGUACCUGGAUGGGCGGCUGAGACAGCAGGGCGGGUCUGAUGAAUGGGGGCAGAUGGAGAUGGAUCCGUUGGUUGGUCUGUGUCUAGUGGCUAGAAUGGGCUCGCCGACGGUGUCGAGCACGGCCGUGAGGUUAUGCGACUCGUGCAGUACAGUACUGCAUGAGUCGGAUUAGCUGGCGGACGUGUUUGAGGCCGUCGUCGGCCCCCUUGGCGAUCGAUGAGAAUGCUCAUGCUCUGAUCUCUUCUUACGUGUGUGUGCGUCCUUCCUUCGAUAUGACUGCAGGUGGGCAAUGGAUAGCGAUGGUGUUUUGUUUCAUGUGUGUCGCUCCAUGGACGAGUGUGUGCAGUGCCCUCGCUCUUGUUGAUAGACUGCUGGAU